ACCUACCCCGCCCCCUCCCAGUCUUUUCCGCUCUCCGGUCCCCCUCCCUCGGCCCGCAGUCGCUUCUCCAGAUGAGGUGAUGGCAUCGUCCAACUUCGGCAAGAUCCAGAUCGGGAUUUACGUGGAGAUCAAGCGGAGCGAUGGCCGAAUACAUCAAGCAAUGGUAACAUCUUUAAAUGAAGAUAAUGAAAGUGUAACUGUCGAGUGGAUAGAAAAUGGAGAUACGAAAGGCAAAGAGAUUGACCUGGAGAGCAUCUUUUCACUUAACCCUGACCUUGUACCUGAUGAAGAAAUUGAACCCAGUCCAGAAACACCUCCACCUCCAACGUCCUCAGCCAAAGUAAACAAAAUUGUAAAGAAUCGGCGGACUGUGGCUUCUAUUAAGAGUGACCCUCCUCUAAGAGAUAAUAGAGUGGUUGGUUCUGCACGUGCUCGGCCUAGUCAACUUCCUGAGCAGUCUUCGUCUGCGCAACAGAAUGGUAGUGUUUCAGAUAUCUCUCCAGUUCAAGCUGCAAAAAAGGAAUUUGGACCCCCUUCACGUAGAAAGUCUAAUUGUGUGAAAGAAGUAGAGAAAUUACAAGAAAAACGAGAGAAAAGGAGAUUGCAACAGCAAGAACUUAGAGAAAAAAGAGCCCAGGAUGUUGAUGCUACAAACCCAAAUUAUGAAAUUAUGUGCAUGAUCAGAGACUUUAGAGGAAGUUUGGAUUACAGACCAUUAACAACAGCAGAUCCUAUUGAUGAACACAGAAUAUGUGUUUGUGUAAGGAAACGACCACUCAAUAAAAAAGAAACGCAAAUGAAAGAUCUUGAUGUAAUCACAAUCCCUAGUAAAGAUGUUGUGAUGGUACAUGAACCAAAACAAAAAGUAGAUUUAACAAGGUACCUGGAAAACCAAACAUUUCGUUUUGAUUAUGCCUUUGAUGACUCAGCGCCUAAUGAAAUGGUUUACAGGUUUACAGCUAGACCACUGGUGGAAACUAUAUUCGAAAGAGGAAUGGCUACAUGCUUUGCUUAUGGGCAAACUGGAAGUGGAAAAACCCAUACUAUGGGUGGUGACUUUUCAGGAAAGAAUCAGGAUUGUUCCAAAGGGAUUUAUGCAUUAGCAGCUCGAGAUGUCUUUUUAAUGCUGAAGAAGCCAAACUAUAAGAAAUUAGAACUUCAAGUAUAUGCAACCUUUUUUGAAAUUUAUAGUGGAAAGGUGUUUGACUUGCUAAACAGGAAGACGAAAUUAAGAGUGCUAGAAGAUGGAAAACAGCAGGUUCAAGUGGUGGGAUUACAGGAACGGGAAGUCAAAUGUGUUGAAGAUGUACUGAAACUCAUUGACAUAGGCAACAGUUGCAGAACAUCCGGUCAGACGUCGGCAAAUGCGCAUUCAUCUCGGAGCCAUGCGGUGUUUCAGAUUAUUCUUAGAAGGAAAGGAAAACUACAUGGCAAAUUUUCUCUCAUUGAUUUGGCUGGAAAUGAAAGAGGAGCUGAUACUUCGAGUGCAGACAGGCAAACUAGGCUUGAAGGUGCUGAAAUUAAUAAAAGCCUUUUAGCGCUCAAGGAGUGCAUCAGAGCCUUAGGUAGAAAUAAACCUCACACUCCUUUCCGAGCAAGUAAACUCACUCAGGUGUUAAGAGAUUCAUUCAUAGGUGAAAACUCCCGCACUUGCAUGAUUGCCACAAUCUCUCCAGGAAUGGCAUCCUGUGAAAAUACUCUUAAUACGUUAAGAUACGCAAAUAGAGUAAAGGAGUUUGGAAUUAGUCCAUCAGACAUUCCCUUCUCACAGGGUAGUGGCAGUCGCCCUGAUCUCUCUCCUUCUUAUGAGUAUGACGACUUUUCUCCUUCAAUUACCAGGGUGAAAGAAUUAACUGUGGAUCCAACUGCUGCUGGUGAUGUUCGUCCAGUAAUGCACCAUCCACCAAACCAGAUUGAUGACUUAGAGACACAGUGGGGUGUGGGGAGUUCCCCUCAGAGAGAUGAUCUAAAACUUCUUUGUGAACAAAAUGAAGAAGAGGUUUCUCCACAAUUGUUUACUUUCCAUGAAGCUGUCUCACAAAUGGUGGAAAUGGAAGAACAAGUUGUAGAAGAUCACAGGGCAGUGUUCCAGGAAUCUAUACGAUGGUUAGAAGAUGAAAAAGCUCUGCUAGAGAUGACUGAAGAAGUAGACUAUGAUGUAGAUUCAUAUGCUACACAACUUGAAGCUAUUCUUGAGCAAAAAAUAGACAUUUUAACUGAGCUACGGGAUAAAGUGAAAUCUUUUCGUGCAGCUCUACAAGAAGAAGAACAGGCCAGCAAGCAAAUCAACCCGAAGAGACCCCGUGCCCUUUAAAUCUGCAUUGCUGCUAAAGGAUCCCAGAACCCUCACUACUUUAAUAACAUACAGUGGUUCCGCUGUAAGAGCCAUUUGAAUGUUUGAAAUUUUAAGUGUCUGUGGAAAAUGUUUUGUCCUUCGCCUGAAUGACAUUUCAGUUUUGUGAAACACUCCUUUGCCUACAAAAUGCUUCUAGUUCAGGAGGCACAACCAAGAAUUGGGAUUGGUGAAGCAUUUUGUUGCAUUUACGCAAAAAGUGAUUUACUUUGGAGAUCCUUGCCAAUUUCUAUAUAAUGAAGUGAGAUUGUGGACUUUGAUCCACAGGUAGUAGGGGGAAGCCACAGCAUUUCCUUUUAACUCUGUUCAAUUUUUGUAGCAAGACUGAGCGGUUUUAAAUCCUUUGCGUGCAUGCAUACCUCAUCAGUGAUUGUAUAUACCUUGCCCACUCCUAGAGACAGCUGUGCUCACCUUUUCCUGCUUCGUGCCUUGACUAAGGCUUUUGACCCUAAAUUUCUGAAGCACAGCCAAGAUAAAUUACAUUCCUUAUUUGUCAUUGUAAAUUACCUCUGUUGUGUGUACAUUUUUACUGUAUUUGAGACAUUUUUUGUGUGUGACUAGUUAAAUUUUGCAGGAUGUGCCAUAUCAUUGAACGGAACUAAAGUCUGUGACAGUGGACAUAGCUGCUGGACCAUUCCAUCUUUUAUGUAAAGAAACCUGGAAUUAUGAAAUUUAAAACCAUAUAACGUGAUUAUAAUUUUCUUAGCAUUUUCUUUGUAAAGAACUAAAAUAUAAACUAGUUGGUGUAAAAUAAAAAGUAAUGAAAUUCUGAGAAGAGUUUUAUCUUAGGAUAAUACAUACAUAUGCAGUGUGUGUUCCAGUGUGGUAUUAACAAGACUAAUAGUGCAAUUUGAUCCCUACCAAAAUCAUUACUCGAGUCACAGUGUCCAUUAGCACCCAAAAAUGUACCCUUUUGUUAAAGGAAAUUGGCUUCUGCUGCAUGAACAUUCACAUGUACAUUAAAAAUAGUCCAUAAUAGAACUGUUAGUUUAAGCAAAGUAUAGACAGUACCUGACAACCUUAAAAAAGAAUUUAAGCUAAAAAAAAGUUGACUUUGCCUUAAAAGGCACAUCUAACCCAAGCUCCAUCUAGUUCCUAAUGUGUGAUGUUUCACCAUUAUUUGGUGAGAAUCACCAAAUUCUCACCAGUAGAUUGCUGUAGGGUACGCGACUUUUUAAAUGGCAGCACUUAUUUUUACAGAUUGCUACUCCAGGGAAGAAAAACCGGCCACUUCUCAUGUAAAUAUUUUGUUAAAAGAUUUCUAUUUCUCUCUAGGAGUUUUCCCUCAGUUCCCAGGAUAGAGUCCAAGAGUAGAUUAACAAAAGAAAGAGAAAAAGCUCCCAAGGAUAUAUUUCAGUUUACUCUAGGGAACUGUUGGCUCAUUCUUGAUGGGCCCAAAGGGAAGCUAUGAAUAGAGAGUCACAUGAGCCAGAUUCUCUACUUCACUGUUCAUAGAACUCAGAGGGUCGUUGUGGGAAAUCCUAACACCACAAUGAAAAGCUCCUUCUCUGUAAACAUGAAAUCUAAAACAAAUGUAGAUUUUCACAAUAUGCUUAUUAAUAAAUCUAUGGAAUGACUUUUAGAGAUAAUUUACUUCAAUACAGUCAUUUGUUUUGGAAGGGACUCGGGUUUUCUUGCAGCUGUAACAUGUUCUAUUUGUGUUUAUUUCAACAAGAUGAGAACAAAUGGAGAACUGUUAUUGACCUUGCAAAGGCUGUUAAAAAGGUAGUUUUAGGGACUAACCAACCUCCAAAGGGCAGUAAAGAGAAGUUGUUCAUUGUAAAAGCACAACAGAUUAGCUUUAAUUUAUUAUUUGCAUUAGGUGGGUGCUAUCUUUGGAAGGUCUUCUCUGAUAGACAUAUAUGCUACCUUUAUUAUGACUGACUUCAUUCUGGUUCAGGAGUCAAAAUAUCUUUAAAAAAUUGGUACCAGGAGAUCUUGAAGGUGUAAUAUAAUCCAGUGCUUCAGUUUUACAGGUACGGAAGGGAAGGAAUUACCUAAGAAAGCCAAAUGAAAUUUUAAAUUAAAACCUUGCUAUUUGGGGUCAUAUAGAGACGGUACAAGUGAACUUUGUCAAAUAAGUAAUUCUGUAAGGUUAAAAAAAGUCCAGCACUCUAAGUAUACUUACUAUUCAUGUAACAAAAGUGGCUUAAUGCAGCUAUUAUUUAAAGUAACUUUUGUUGUUGUUGUUGUUUAGUACUUUGUCAGACUCAAAUGCUGAUAUCCCUCUGUUAAUAAAUAAUUAAGAACAUGCAUUAUUUUAAUUAUGUAGGAAUAGUUGAUACAUGACAUUAAAACCAGGUGUCAAAAAAAAUCUGUUUAGGCAAACAACUUAUCUUCCCUUCUGGGUUUACUCAGCAUACUUUUGCUAAAUUAAUUUGGUAAUUUUCCUUCUAUCAAGUUAGAUAUAAAUAAAAUCAAAUUAUCAAUGAAGAUAUUUUUAUUAAUUUUACUAUAUAAAUAAUCAGAUACUAUAAUUCUUUAUUAAAUGACAUUAAUAGCACUUAGUAUUAUACUGAUGAUUUAAACAUAAUGUGUUUAAAGACCUGUUUAUGGCAUGUAUUGAUAUUACCAGUUUUAAAACUAAGCAUCAGAUAAAUUGUGGGGGGGGAACCUGGAAAGUUUAAUUCUCUGGAAGUUAUAUAAAUACUGGGAGCCUACAGUUUUGGGAAAAUUGCUGUUUUUCAUAAUUUUUUUUUUUUUUAAAGAACAGAUUUUUUGAUUUAUAAAACCCUUUGAAAUUUUGUUAUAACUCUCUCCCCAAGGAAAAACAUACAACUUUAUAGUUAAUUUUAUUCUAAUUGAGCUUUAUUUUACAGGUAAAAGGAAUGAUGGCCAGAAAUAAUAUGCCUGGUACUGCACCAUGGCAGUGCAGAUCAGGCUUACACAGAACUCUGAUGUAGUCUGAUGCUACAGGAAAGCUAAAGGUGUGAGCAAGGGUAAUUAAUAGAAACUGUAUAGAAUAAACCAGAAGAAGACAAGCAGAGAAAACAUUCUAAGAAACAAAGGAGCCCUGAUGGCCUAGUGGUUAAGAAACAAUUGUUUUACUGUACAUGUGAAGAAAUGGUAUGGGAAAGAUGUGACUAGUUAAGCUUAUUUUAAUUUUUUUUCUACUUGAAGGACAGCCCAAAAAGGUCCUCACAGUAAUAUAUAAGAUAGUAAAUAGGAGAGUAACAUCUUUAUACAAUAAACUGUUUGUUAGAAAUGGUAAGUGUAAAGCUGUGUGUGUCUGCAGCUCUUAAGCUUGAUUAUUAUGUAUGCCUUGGACCCUGCCAUAUAUAUUAAAAACAAACCAAAACAAAAUACAACAAAAAACUCUGGGCACUUAGAACUGACUUACUACCUUAAA